GCCCCGACAAUUUUCCUUGAUUCCCUUCCGAUUCACCUCAAAGACUUUCCCUGGCAGAGUUCGUCGUCUCUUUCCAUCCUUCCUUCCCUCUCUAGCUCCCUAGGGUUUAUCCUCCUCCUCCUCCUCCUCUCGUUGCAGAAGCCCUCAUCGCCACUUCAUGCUCCCGAUAACCCCCCUCCUCAUCUUCGCCGGAUUCGUUUGAUUGUCCCCCUGUAGUUCGAUCUCCUACUUUGUUUACCUAUCGCUGUUCGAAUUUCGGGGGUCUGGGGUUUCUUCUCCGAGAGAUAUGUACAUAUCAUCCUCACCGCACGUCGUCUCUAUCAUGCUAUGUGAGAAUCUCCGCGUCUUCGGCCCUGGUUUGAAUCCGUUCUCUCCGUAUUGCGUCGCCCAUCACUGCACUGUCGCCGGUUCUUCCCGCUAAUUGCGAAGCACCCCUUCCUUUGCCUCUUCUGUUUGAUCAUCGGUUCGGAUUGGUGUCAGAGGAUCAUGUAAAUUCGUGGUCUUGGUCGAUUAGUUGUGGUUACUUCUCGAGAAUCUAUCCGCCUUUGCAGACUCUGGUGUUCUUCUUCAUAAGGAUUGGUUGAUCGAGCUGCUGCCUUCUAGGGCUAUAGGGAUUUCGGGCACAUCGAUUGUUAUAGUAUCGAUUCCAAUAUUUGGAUAUGAUAAUUAUGCCGCAAGAGGAUAUUCGUCCGUUACGGAGGAGCCUUUCGCUGACGAGAAGGCGCUUGCUUAGGAGCGGGUCUGAUAGGGAUGACAGGGGAUGGACUCUGCUGCAUAUCGUCGCCCGAAGAGGCGAUCUGAAACAGGUUAAGCGCCUGCUUGAUGAAGGAAUGGAUGUGAAUGUCCCUGCAUGGGGCCCCAAAUCGAAAGGUUUUACACCUCUCCACCUUGCCGCUGAGGGUGGUCAUCUCGAGGUCAUGGAUGAAUUACUUGAGCGUGGUGCGAACAUUGAUGCUAGAACUAAGGGUGCCUGUGGCUGGACGCCGCUCCACAGUGCAGCUAAAGAGAGGAAAAGGGAAGCUGUCAAGUUCCUGGUAGAGAAUGGGGCCUUCCUGCCUGAGGACAUGAAUGAUUGUAGAUUUAACCCGCCACUGCACUACUGCUCGGGUCUCGAAUGGGCUUACGAGGAGAUGAAGCGUCUUCAGCUGGAGAACUCAUCUUCAAGCGAGGUCUCCUCCAGCUCUGAGAGCUAAAUGGCUUUUGCAAGCUCCUCUACACUUCCUCGCCUGGUGUCUUUAAAGAUUACACAUCCCGAAGACCUGUUCAUCUGCUUCUAUCUUGUCCAAGUCAUCUUGCAAUAUAUUUCCUUGUUGAGCGUCCGGUCUCCCGUCGUAGCUGAGUUGAGUCUAAGCAGUUCUGUCGUACAACUCGUGUCAUAAGUCCAUGUCAUGUCAGAUACCUUGAAGAGUUGGCGGCCUUGUUAUUAGAAUCAUAUCAGUGACCCAUAUGGGAUGGGUUCAGUGUUGGAUGAAUGUAUCAAGCCAUGUAUUUACAUCUUCAGACACUGAUCUUACUCGUUAACGAGUCAUGACGUUAAUCCGCCUACUUAAUUUAUGAAUGGCAAUGGUAAUUAUGCCAUUCUAA